AUGGAGACCAGAAGGGACAAAUCCCCAAAGCAGAACCUCAUGGAAGAGGCCAUUCGGAUUCACAUGGAUGAGAGGCCCUUCUGCUGCCCAGACUGUGGGAUGGGCUUCAAGCACAGCUCCCACACCAUCAGGAACCAGCACAUCGACACGGGGGAGAGGCCUUACGAGUGUGGAGAAUCAGAGUAUUUCCUCCUGACCAUUAUGUCCUAUGACCGCCACGUGUCCAUCUGCAAACCCCUGCACUACGGGACCCUCCUGGGCAGCAGAGCUUGUGCCCACAUGGCAGCAGCUGCCUGGGCCAGUGCCUUUCUCAAUGCUCUCAUGCACACAGCCAAUACAUUUUCCCUGCCCCUGUGCCAUGGUAAUGCCUUGGGCCAGUUCUUCUGUGAAAUCCCACAGAUCCUCAAGCUCUCCUGCUCCAAAUCCUACCUCCGGGAACUUGGGCUCAUUGCAGUUAGUGUCUGUUUGGUAUUUGGUUGUUUUGUGUUCAUUGUUUUCUCCUAUGUGCAGAUCUUCAGGGCUGUGCUGAGGAUCCCCUCUGAGCAGGGACGGCACAAAGCCUUUUCCACCUGCCUCCCUCACCUGGCCGUGGUCUCCCUAUUCCUCAGCACUAGUACAUUUUAUUAUCUUAAGCCCCCCUCCAUGUCCUCCCCAUCCCUGGAUCUGGCCCUGUCAGUUCUGUACUCGGUGGUGCCUCCAACUGUCCAAUAA